AUGUCCACACAGUAUGGCCCCAUCAUGGGUUUAAAGCUUGGUGACAUGAAUGUCAUUGUCCUCAACUCCUAUACAACGGUCAAAGAUCUCUACGACAAACGAAGCAGUAUCUACUCGAAUCGUGUGGAUAACUACUUGCGUAAUUUCGGGUAUGGCUUAAUGAUAUCCAAUCGAGAUAACGAUGAUGUUUGGCGUCGCCAGCGGAAAAUGUAUCACACUGCUUUGACGAGUACUGCGGCUACCCGGUACUUACCCUACCAACAAUUUGAAUCGAAGCAACUACUUUGGGACUUGUUGAACAAACCAUACGACAGUUAUGAUGCUCUCAAGCGCUACACAACUAGUACAGGAUCAACUAUCACUUACGGCUGGCGGGUUAACAGCCCGGAUAAUCCUUAUGUGACUCGCCUUUUCGAAUGGAUUGAUUCCUACACCUUGGUCGGAAUCGCGACACAAGUCACAGAAUUCUUCCCCUUUCUCAGGCCAAUUGUGAAACAUACACCCAAAUUUUUGAACAAGCUGAAUAAGGAGCUUUCGAGGCUCACUAUAAUGGAAAGAGACCUCUGGUUGGAUCUGCUGCGCGAAGCAAAGUCCAAGAUCGACCGAGGGAAGCUUAAUCCUUGCUUCGCUGGCGACAUGCUCACAAAUCAAGACAAAGACGGACUUAACGAGAUGGAGAUGGCGUUCAAUGCAGGCCAUGCUUGGGCCGGGGCUUCAGACACAACAUUCAACACUCUGCAUGGCUUUGUGAAAGCAAUGAUCUUGUAUCCUGAGGUUCAGGAAAAAGCCCAUCAGGAAUUAGACCAGGUGGUUACCGAGCGGCUACCGGAAUGGGAAGACAGAGACAGAUUGCCCUAUGUUAGGGCUAUCGUAAAGGAGAGUUUGAGAUGGUGUCCAACCGCGGUCCUUGGAAUUCCGCAUGCUGCUGCACGUGAUGACGAGUACAAGGGAUACAAGAUUCCCAAAGGGGCGUCCAUCGUUCAAAAUAUAUGGGGCAUCAAUAAUGACCCAGUCCGCUAUCCCAACCCUCGGAAGUUCGACCCAACCAGAUAUAUUCACGACGCGAUGCUCUCACAAGAGUCUGCAGCCCAAGGUGACCCUGCACUUCGUGACCAUUUUACCUUUGGCUCUGGUCGCAGAAUCUGCCCAGGUAUGCAGGUUGCAGACCGCAGUCUAUUCAUUGUCAUUUCACGAAUCCUUUGGGCUUUCGAUAUUGACAGGGUCGACAAUGAGAUCAUUGACAACGAUGCUAUGACAUCUGGUCUGGUCGCGGGACCGAUGCCUUACAAAUCGAAGUUUGUCCCUCGAGCCGAAAAGCGAGCUCAAUUGAUCACAGCUACGUGGAAGGAGGCUGAAGGCUGGCUGGAUGAAGACAGAAACUAUAGCCAGGAGUGGUAUCAGAAGGAAUUCCGGAAGUAG